AUGUUGGGGCCCGACUAUGAAGGCGGCCCCCCUGGCGAUCGCCCUGCACGACAUCGAACACCAGAGCGGAGUUUUACCACUGACGAUUCGAGGACCUACUCCCCUUAUCGACCGCCACGGCAGAACGGUGGCCCUCGCGAUGGCCGGCGGCCCUCCCUGUCCCCCUCUGCCGGCGCCGGCGAUCGCAGCUGGGACGAAGAAGGGGAGUCACGUCAGAGCCAGGAGCGGAACAGGUCACGGGGCCGGAACGGACGACAGGCGAGCGGAGGGCAGCGUAUCUGCAAAAAGUGUGGCGAGCCCCUGACAGGGCAAUUCGUGCGCGCCCUCGAUGGCACCUUCCACCUGGACUGCUUCAAAUGCCGCGAUUGUGGGCAGAUAGUAGCCUCGAAAUUCUUCCCCGCGGACGACGAAGAUGGACAGGGACAAUAUCCCCUCUGCGAAACAGACUACUUUCGACGGCUCGGUCUGCUUUGCUACCAAUGCGGUGGCGCCCUCCGAGGGUCUUAUAUCACGGCACUCGAGCGGAAGUACCAUGUCGACCAUUUCACGUGCUCACUUUGUUCGACAGUCUUUGGCGCCCAAGACAGUUACUAUGAGCAUGAUUCCCAAGUCUACUGCCACUACCACUACUCCACCCAGUUCGCCCAAAAGUGCAACGGAUGCCACACGGCAAUUCUUAAGCAGUUUGUCGAGAUCUUCCGCAACGGGCAAAAUCAGCACUGGCACCCCGAGUGUUACAUGAUUCACAAGUUCUGGAAUGUGCGACUGGCUACUCCCAGCGACGUUGCAGAUGAAGAGCCUCCGCCGGACGACGAGAAGACGCGCGACAAAGUCCGGGAAGAAGAGGAGAAGAUGGAAGAGAAAGUCUACCGCAUUUGGAGCGUGCUCUCCACCUUUGAGGAAUCAUCUGCCGCAUGCAUAUCAGACAUGCUGCUGCAUGUUAGCAACGGAGCUUACGUUGACGGCGUGGUUGUCGCAAAGAGGUUCAUCUGGCAUGUCGAUAUUCUGUUCAGGUCUGCUGACCGACUGGAUGAGACUAUGCAACGCCUUGAAAUGAAACCUCUGUCGUACUCGCGAGAAGCAAAGCUACUGUGCAAGAAGAUUGUGCAAUUCUUCUCCCUCUUGUCUAAGACGCAAGACAAGAACGCGCACAAGCUUGGUGUCACGCAGGAACUACUGUCUCUAGUAACUGGUCUUGCUCAUUAUCUAAAACUCCUGAUUCGCAUCUGCUUGCAAGGUGCUCUUCGAAUCGAAAAGGACCAGACAAGCGCGGAGGGUUUGUACGCCUUUCUGGACGAUCUCAGUGCCCUCGAGACCCUCAAGAACGAGGACGGAUCCUUGCAGAUCACAGCUGCCAUGUCGCGGCUGGCAGCCAACGAGUCCGACCAGUGUGUGCUUUGUCGAAAGCCUGUGGAAGACGAGUGCUGCAAAAAUGGCGACAAGAGGUGGCACAUAGCCUGCGUGACUUGCACGAGAUGUGGAAAGGAACUUGGGCGGAACCCUGAAGAUGCACGACUUAAUACUUACGACCAGAAGAUCUUCUGCAGCGGAUGCGAAUCGUACAGCUCAGACUCGACACCUCCCUUCGAGCGGAUCACGAAACUGCAACAAUAUGUCUUCCUGCUUCAAGUGGCGCUCGCCAGGUUGCUGGAUAUACUAAAGAGCACUGGUGCAUUGUCUGCUCUGGAUGAGGCAUCUGUGAAUGAAUAUGAACCAGCGAAUGGGCACGCAGCGGGCGAUGCACCUCGGCUUCAGUACGACUCGCGGUCGAAAUCAUACGCUGGAGACCGAGAGCAUCACCGGGAGUCAUCCUACGAGAAUACUUUGAACGAUGUUCGUCGCCUGAGGAGCACACGGCUUGAUAAGCACCUGUCGGCGAGCUUUAGAAAAGCGCGGGCGUCUCGUCUUAUGGAUGACCCUGGGGUGGAGGGUGGCGGUAAUAUGCAAGGUCAACGCAUCGAGGAGGAUCAGGUUCCCGGCGAGGAAGGUGGCUCCGACCUGAUGUUCGGCCACCAAGAUGCCUUGACUCUGGACGACAUUCCUCGCAUCGUUGCCGCGGAGCAAGCCCGAGAGCAACGCCCUGCGUUUAAGCCAGGACGUCAAGAGCUCUUUAGGUCUCCCGCGACUGAACCUUUCAUUGGUGCCAACCAGAGGUCGAGAUCGGCAGGCCGCGCUGGCGAGCCCGGCUAUGGAGAGCCUUCACCUCAGCGAGGUGGACGAAAAUACUUCUCCGAACUGUCUCCGAUGGAGUACUUUAUCGCCCGUCAUCUGGCUGUGCUCACCAUGCACCCCAUGGUGCAAGAUGAGUUCACACUCGAGGAGCUUCUCAACCUCAUCGAAUCCAAGAAACCCGCGACUUUCUGGAACAAGUUCGGGAAAGCAUUCAAGAAUGACGGUAGGAAAGGGGUCAAGAAGAAGGGCGUCUUCGGCGUUCCCCUCGAGGUUGUCAUCGAAAGAGACGGCGCCGAGUCCACUGAUUGCAUUGGAGGAACUACAUUGCGUGUACCCGCCAUUAUUGAUGACCUGAUAUCCACCAUGCGGCAGAUGGACCUUUCCGUGGAAGGUGUCUUCCGAAAGAAUGGAAACAUCAAGAAACUCUCGGAAAUGGUUGAAAAGAUCGACCGCGAGGGCUGUGACAACAUCAACUUGAUGGCCCAGCCUGUUGUCCAGGUCGCGGCUCUGCUGAAGAAGUACCUUCGAGAGAUGCCAGAUCCGUUGAUGACAAACAAGCUUUACAGGCUGUGGGUUGUCGCGGCUAAGAUCCAAGACGAUGACAAGAGACGCCAAUGCAUCCACCUGGUGUGCUGUCUUCUCCCGAAGUGUCACAGGGACUGCUUGGAGGUCCUCCUGUCCUUCCUGAAAUGGGCCGGAAACUUCCACCAGGUCGAUGAUGAAUCUGGGUCCAAGAUGGACGUGAAAAACCUCGCAACCGUCAUUGCACCAAAUAUCCUCUACAACCCCAUGAAAGGGCCUGCCCUCGACAGCGAACCUAUGUUGGCCAUCAAUGUUGUUGAGACGCUGAUCAAUGAUGUGGAAUCCAUGUGUUUGGUCCCUGACAACUUCGUCGACGUUCUCAACGAUCCAACAUACAAAGAAGGGAAAGACAGCGAUAUUACUACCAAGGAGAUCCUGAAACGCUAUGGUGGCAGGGUGAAUGGUGGUCACGGAGUGCUUGGCGACGCCAGCGAUAUGAACCCAUCAAGGCCUCUCGCUAGAAGGGUAGAGACCGAUCCCGAGGCAACGCGGCCGCCUGGCUGGCAGGAACCAAAUGCUUCUUUCUCGCAGCCCUCGAACCCAAGCACUCCGCCUAGAUGGCGGAACCCAGACGAGACACAACAGCCAGCUUAUGGCAGCUCCUUUGAGGGUUCCGACUCGGACCACAAUCGACGGUCGUAUCACGGGCGGCCAAACAACUCGGUCGGUGUUAGUGGCACAGGGUAG